AUGUAAAGUCAUAAUUAAUAACAACCUGGUGUUUAUUAGAGUCCUAAUUAAGGUUAAUACCUCUCACAACAAAACCAGCAAGCUGUUAAUAACUACAAUUAUCCAACCGUCCAAGCUGAUUAACAGUAUAUUCCUCAAUAGCAAUAGUAUGGGUAGCCUAUGAAUCAUUAAGACUAAUAAUAUGUAUAUGGAGCACCAGUGGGGAUGGCUUAAGGAAUGCCAAUGAAACUACCAAGGACUGCAGAUGGAGUUAGAUUUCCAGUUGAUAUUGAAUGCUAAUUUUGUAAAAGAAACACAAGAACAAGAAUUGAAUAUAAAUCAGGAGGAAAUGUUUAUUGUUGCUCAUGUUUGCUAUUUUUUACAAUUCCAAUAUUGGUAUGCCUGCCUUGUUGUUUGAAAUCUUAAAAAGAUGUUAUACAUUAUUGUACUUAAUGCAAUCAUCAGGUUGGUUUCGCUGAAAAGAAGUGUUGUGAUUGA